GGUUGGGUCAGAGUUCCUGUUACAAAGGUUAUCUGAGAAUUAAUGAUUGACUUUUCAGAAAUUCUGUUCUCAGUAGAAGCUAAACUUGAUAUUGUUUUCAGUUCACGCAAGUUCUCUGUGGCUUACUCAAUCAAUGAAAGCGGGUGAACUAUUGAGAGUGAUCCGUUUCAUACGAAUGUCACAAGUGUAAAUUGGUCUCUGCCUUCCAUUUGAGACAAUCAUUCACUUACUGACGACACGCCCUCGGCUAUGACAGGUACCGGCAGCAAGAUGUGGUUGGCGAGCGCUGCUGUGCUGAUGUCAGCUAUCGGCCUCUCGCUCGCCCAGACCAGCGGCACCAGCAACUGUAUGUGUAUCCCGUUCUUCUACUGCAACAACACGAUAGUUGAUAAUGGUGAGUGCGAGAACUACCACGAGGUCUGCUGUGGCGAUGAUCCGAAGCCUUCAGGAGGUGGUAUCUGUGGAGUUAGAGGCAAGAGAGGGGACGCGACCGGGAGAGCCGAAGUUGAUUGGAAGCUCUUCGAUAGUUUUGAGGAAACUAUGACUACUUUUGGCGAGUUUCCGUGGAUGGUAGCAAUAUUGAAGGUGGGACCGUCUGGAUCACAGGAGUUUCUGUGUGGUGGAUCCAUCAUUUAUCCCAACAUCAUAUUGACCACGGCUCAUACUAUAAGUGGACUUUCUGCCAUCGAACUAAGAGUCAAGGCAGGAGUGUGGAACACCACCAAUAUCCUGGAGUCCGACAAACACCAGGACCGAACUGUCUCGGCUACUGUGCUGCACUCUGGCUUUGACAAGUCCAAGGUACAAAACGACGUGGCACUAUUGGUGUUGAAUGAUCCACUAGAUAUAACGGACAAUGUUGCUCCAAUCUGCCUGCCUUCCAGGGAUACCAUCUACAACAGUACCAACUGUAUAGCUACAGGCUGGGGCGUUGGUGGCUUCGGUAACAAAGGAAUUGGAAGUGUUCUGAGGAUGGUGCACCUGCCUCUGGUGGACUCUAACAAAUGCCAGGAGGAGUUUAGGAAGGUGCCAAAAUUGGGGCCAAAUUUUAACCUUCACAGCAGCUUCAUCUGUGCUGGGAGGGAUCUUGCAGACACUUGCACGGGAGACGGGGGCGGCCCACUGGUGUGUCCGCUGCUGGACGACUCAGGAAAGUACGUGCAGAUCGGCAUCACCUCGUGGGGAAUCGGCUGCGGAGAUCGGCCCAGCGCCUACUCAUCUGUAAUUGCGGCUCGUGAAUGGAUAGAUACCAUGAGUGAUGCUUUUCCUGCCUCUUCCCCACGCCAGUCUCAGUAGAUAUAGACGAUUUAAUUAUAUCCCUAUGCGGAGAAAUUAAUGUCAUUGCUGUAAAACUUUUUAGUCAAACACUACAUUACAUUCACCCCCAAUCGAAUACCCAUAAUAGUGUCUGCCUGUAAGGUUUAGUGGUUGAGUAUGAUUCUUAUUUAUUUUUUCUAACUUAUUACCACCGAAUGCACUAUUGUGAAAAAUAGAAAAGGCGAAUAUGAAUUUGUUAUUAUGGUUCGUAAUCGUCUUAGAUAACUGUAGACCUGUCCUAAAUGAAAGCAGACAAAACAUUUUCCGAUCUGUCCAAAGAAAAAGCAGUGUGUAAUCUGAAUUCAUUAACAAACGGCUAACUGUGUGAACACAGAAAACACGAUUUCUGGAAUAGAAUCAUACAAAAACAUAAAAAUAAAGAUAUCAAUACCUACAUCAUUACUAUACUGUUAAAAACUAUUUUGAUGACAGAAAAAUGUACUAUGAUUUUCCUGUAUUAACAAUAAAUUACAGUUUUCCUAUGUGUUAUGUAAUUUGCUGAUUCCUUAAAACUAUUAAACUUUGCUUACUCGGCAUACCAAUAAUAUAAGCAGACCUAUGUUUAUAUAAAAAGUACAGUUAUUACUUCCUAUAAUGUGUUUAAUCUUGAAAUAUCGUUUUAAAAUCAAUUGACUAUGAUAGUGACAUUAAUUUCCCAGAAUGUGACACUUACAUCACACAUUCAGACGUGUUAGCCACAGUAUUAGCCGAUAAGGGUACCAAUAUCCUAUGACAAUAGCGUUACAGUACUGCAACUCUAAAGAAAUACAUUUUAUUUGUAAUCAUCCAGUAGCUGACCUGGAGUGUAUUCCAAGAAACGUAUAAUAUAAAUUGUCUACAAUUUAAAUAAAAUAACUUAGUACAUAAUAAAUAAUAAAGUAAAUAUUAUUUACUUUCUUCAUACAAUACAAAAACCACAUACUUGAAAAAAUAUUAAUAAAUAAUAUUUUGUUAUUUUUCAAGAACCAGAAAAUUAUUUAAGAGUAUCCUGUAUUUAUACUUACAACAAAAUUCUCAAAGAAUGUGAAUACAAGCUAUAUUUAAUUGAAAUUAAUAAUAAAUUUUAAUAAAUACUUCUUGAAAUAUGAA